AUGAAAACUCUCACUCCUGGAACCCUCUCCUUCCUCCUCCUCUGGACCCUACAAGAGCAGGUCCUAUUCAGGUUGGCUUCGGGGAAAGAGGAAGUCAAAUUUGCCUCCAAGAGCAUUCCUCAGCCCAUGUCACCCUCUGAUUUCCUGGACAAACUCAUGGGACGAACUUCUGGGUAUGAUGCUAGGAUUCGACCCAAUUUUAAAGGGCCCCCUGUGAAUGUGACUUGCAACAUCUUCAUUAACAGCUUCAGCUCUGUCACAGAAACCACAAUGGAUUACAGAGUGAAUGUGUUCCUUCGGCAGCAGUGGAACGACCCACGCCUAGCCUAUCUAGAAUAUCCAGAUGACUCCCUAGACCUAGACCCUUCCAUGCUAGACUCUAUCUGGAAGCCAGACCUAUUCUUUGCCAAUGAGAAGGGGGCCAAUUUCCAUGAGGUGACCACUGACAACAAGCUGCUUCGGAUCUUCAAGAAUGGGAGUGUGCUCUACAGUAUCAGGCUGACUCUUGUCUUGUCUUGCCCGAUGGACCUCAAGAACUUUCCCAUGGACAUCCAGACGUGCACAAUGCAGCUAGAAAGCUUUGGUUAUACUAUGAAUGACCUUGUGUUUGAGUGGCUGGAAGAUGCCCCCGCUGUGCAAGUGGCUGAAGGGUUGACCCUGCCCCAGUUUAUCCUGAGGGAUGAAAAAGAUCUCGGCUACUGCACCAAAUAUUAUAACACAGGAAAGUUUACCUGUAUCGAGGUGAAGUUCCACUUGGAGCGCCAGAUGGGUUACUACCUGAUCCAAAUGUAUAUCCCCAGCCUGCUCAUUGUCAUCCUAUCCUGGGUCUCCUUCUGGAUCAACAUGGAUGCUGCCCCUGCCCGGGUAGGCUUGGGCAUCACGACGGUAUUGACAAUGACGACCCAGAGCUCAGGCUCCAGAGCUUCUUUACCUAAGGUGUCCUACGUGAAGGCCAUUGAUAUCUGGAUGGCUGUCUGUCUGCUCUUUGUGUUUGCUGCCCUGCUGGAGUAUGCUGCGGUUAACUUUGUCUCCCGCCAGCAUAAGGAGUUCAUGCGCCUUCGAAGAAGGCAGAGGCGCCAGCGCAUGAUCCAGAAGUCAGACAUGCAGGAUGCUCCUACCUUUGACUUGGCUAAAAUUGGUGCCAGCUUCACCCUCGUGUCUUACUCACUCUGGGGCUACAAGACAUGUGGCCUGGGGAGGGGCGGAGAGAGGGCUGGGAACUGGAAAAGGGGUGACUGGGCAAUAUUUAACACCAACACCCACAAAACAAUACUGGGAGGUGGGGAGACUAAGGCACCCCCCCCACCUCCACCCCAAGCCGAGGGCUCCCUGAGCCACAGUCGUCUCGGGACUCGGGUGCUCGACUCUCCUUAG